GCUUCAGAUGCUUCUGGGUCGCGGUGGGGAGCGCUCCCGAGUCCGAGUGUGUGAGCUUGAGCGCCGAGCGCUAGAGCGACCCGGCGAGGGAUGGCGGCCACCGGGACCGCGGCCGCCGCGGCCACGGGCAAACUCCUGGUCCUGCUGCUGCUCGGGCUCACGGCACCCGCCGCGGCUCUGGCCGGCUACAUUGAGGCCCUCGCAGCCAAUGCUGGAACAGGGUUUGCUGUUGCUGAGCCUCAGAUUGCAAUGUUUUGUGGAAAGCUAAAUAUGCACGUGAACAUUCAGACUGGGAAGUGGGAACCUGACCCAACAGGCACUCAGAGCUGCUUCGGAACAAAGGAAGAAGUUCUCCAGUACUGUCAGGAGAUGUAUCCAGAACUACAGAUCACCAAUGUGAUGGAGGCAAACCAGCCGGUCAGCGUGGACAACUGGUGCCGGAGGGACAAGAAGCAGUGCAAGACCCACAUCGUGAUCCCCUUCAAGUGUCUCGUGGGCGAGUUUGUAAGUGACGUUCUGCUGGUUCCAGAAGAGUGCCGGUUUCUCCACAGGGAGCGGAUGGAAGCGUGCGAGAGUCACCGGCACUGGCACACCGUGGCGCAAGAGGCCUGCCUGACUCAGGGAAUGACCUUGUACAGCUAUGGCAUGCUGCUCCCCUGUGGGGUGGACCAGUUCCACGGCACCGAGUACGUGUGCUGCCCUCAGACAAAGGUUGUUGAAUCUGCUGUGUCAAAAGAAGAGGAGGAGGACGAUGAAGAGGACGAUGAAGAGGACGACGAAGAGGACGAUGAAGAGGAAGACUACGAUAUUUAUAAAAGUGAAUUUCCUACCGAAGCAGAUUUGGAAGACUUCACAGAAGCAGCUGUGGACGAGGGUGAGGAGGAAGUGGUGGAAGAUCGCAAUUACUACUACGACGCCUUCAAGGGAGACGGCCGCCACGAGGAGAGCCCGACUCAGUCCAGCCGCCAUGGGACCGCUGCAGAGAAGGAGAUCUCUUACGGCGUCAGAGCUGUCUGCUCCCAGGAGGCGCUGACGGGGCCCUGCCGGGCCGUGAUGCCCCGGUGGUACUUCGACCUCUCCAAGGGGAAGUGCGUGCGCUUUAUAUAUGGCGGCUGCGGCGGCAACAGGAACAAUUUUGAGUCUGAGGAGUAUUGUAUGGCUGUGUGUAAAGUGAUGAUUCCCCCAACUCCACUGCCGACCAAUGACGUCGACGUGUAUUUCGAGACCUCAGCAGAUGACAACGAGCACGCGCGCUUCCAGAAGGCCAAGGAGCAGCUGGAAAUCCGGCACCGAAACCGGAUGGACAGGGUGAAGAAGGAAUGGGAAGAGGCUGAACUUCAAGCCAAGAACCUCCCCAAAGCAGAGAGGCAGACUCUCAUUCAGCACUUCCAAGCCAUGGUGAAGGCCCUGGAGAAGGAAGCGGCCAGCGAGAAGCAGCAGCUGGUGGAGACGCACCUGGCACGGGUGGAGGCCAUGCUCAACGACCGCCGCCGGGUGGCGCUGGAGAACUACCUGGCGGCCCUGCAGUCCGACCCUCCACGGCCCCAUCGCAUUCUCCAAGCCUUGCGGCGCUACGUCCGGGCUGAGAACAAAGAUCGCCUCCACACCAUCCGUCAUUACCAGCACGUGCUGGCUGUCGACCCUGAAAAGGCGGCCCAGAUGAAGUCCCAGGUGAUGACACAUCUCCACGUGAUUGAAGAAAGAAGGAACCAGAGCCUUUCUCUGCUCUACAAAGUACCUUACGUGGCCCAAGAAAUCCAAGAGGAGAUUGAUGAGCUGCUUCAAGAACAGCGAGCAGACAUGGACCAGUUCACCGCCUCCAUCUCAGAGACCCCCGUGGACGUGCGGGUGAGCUCGGAGGAGAGCGACGAGGUCCUGCCGUUCCACCCCCUCCAUCCCUUCCCGUCCCUGCCUGAGAACGAAGACACUCAGCCGGAAGUGUAUCACCCAAUGAAAACAGGAUCUGCACUGGGAGAGCAGGAAGGAGGACUGAUCGGGGCCGAGGAGAAAGUGAUUAACAGUAAGAAGAAAGUGGAUGAAAAUAUGGUCAUUGACGAGACCCUGGACGUGAAGGAAAUGAUUCUCAACGCCGAGAGAGUUGGAGGCCUCGAGGAGGGGCCGGAAUCCGUGGGGCCCCUGCGGGAGGACUUCAGUCUGAGCAGCAGUGCCCUCAUCGGUCUGCUGGUCAUUGCGGUGGCCAUCGCCACGGUCAUCGUCAUCAGCCUGGUGAUGCUGAGGAAGAGGCAGUACGGCACCAUCAGCCAUGGGAUCGUGGAGGUCGACCCAAUGCUCACCCCAGAAGAGCGUCACCUGAACAAAAUGCAGAAUCAUGGUUACGAAAACCCAACCUACAAAUACCUGGAGCAGAUGCAGAUUUAAGCAGGACCAGUUUCUUGGAAGUCUGGUGCGCCCACCACUGGGUACCUGGGUGUCUCCACACAAGUCCUGUCACCAAGGAGGCGCUCAAAGCAAGCAUUUGAGUUCCAGCUUCUUUCAGCGAGCCUCGUGUGUACAGAUUAGGGCCACUACUGCGUUCCUUCUGAAUCCAGUUCUUCCACAGAAAGUAGCCUGUAGUUUGUACCUGACGUUCUUCCACUGUCCGCCGUUGCGUCACCGUAGCUUCUGACCGCUCGCUUCUCUCCCGAGUAAUGUCCAGAUGUGCUGUUUUCCUUUUUGGGCAUUUCCCACCCCCUCCGAAGGCACUGGUCUCCACCGUCCCCACCGUUCACUGAGAGAAGACAGCAGGAGGAGGUGGCCGGCAUCCUGGAGAGGAUGCGGGAGGUUUGCUUUUCUCUGGAAGGUGGAUGCUCCAGGCUGUACACAGAAUGAUCUGUAGACCCCAUGGAAAGCUUUGAAGAUUUUGUUUCCUUCACAUGAGUCUUUGUGAUGCUUGUAUAGUUGAUGUUGACGCUCACAGCUGCUUCUUUUCCCUUUUUUUUUUUAAUUCUAAAGGUUCUGGUAACCUGAGGUGUAUUUUUUUUCUAUUUCCCUGUGACUGUUUUUUUUUCUUCUUCCUCCCCUUUACCCCAUCCGUGUCUCUUCCCACUAUGCACAGAUAAACUU